GAUGGGUUAUACGAAGAGAUAAGUCUUUGGAAUAGUUUCUCGGUGACCUGUCGAAUAUUGCUCAUCAAAUGAUUCUUUUUCGAGUAGGUUGUGAAAUGUUCGCUUUUGACUGGGGUCUACUAUCACUUCCUGCGAGAGUCACGAACUCGUGUGAUUUAUGACUUCGGCAUGUUUUGAUUCUUUGCAAAUGUAAAUAUUAACCGCUAUCAGAGGCCUCUAUUAUUUCCUGCCAAUCACAUCGUCGGAAUGUUGUUUGCGUGCGCAUUUUAAAUAAAGUUCUUCGUCACGAAAAAGUUUAAUGUCUCGUGCUCCAUUCUUUUCUUUCAAUCGCAUUUGCUGAUAUUCUUCACAUAUAACAAGUGAAACACAGAAAAAAGAAUAAUUGGGACUUAAUUAUAAGUCUAGUUUGUCGCAGCCAUGUUGGUUAGCGGUCAUUAAAAUGGAGUGUGCGCAGCAAUACCUGAAAAUGAACAUGGCGGACGGAGGCUAAAUCUUCCGAUCUUUAUCUAAGUAAACUCGUGUAUCCAUUUGCAGUGCGUUAGCUGCCCUGGUCUAGGAAAAAAUGAAGCUAAACAUAGACGGCCUCCUGGUGUACUUUCCUUACGACUAUAUCUAUCCUGAACAUUAUUCGUACAUGAUGGAAUUGAAAAGAACUCUUGAUGCUAAGGGUCACUGCCUUUUGGAAAUGCCUUCUGGAACUGGGAAAACUAUCUCAUUGCUGUCCUUGAUAGUUGCAUAUAUUUUGGCCAAACCAUUUGAGCUGUCCAAACUGAUCUACUGCUCUCGUACUGUUCCAGAAUUAGAAAAAGUUCUAGAAGAGUUGAAGGUUCUUUUGGAGUAUUAUGAAAAAGAAACAGGAAGAAAACCCAAAUUGCUUGGGCUGGGACUCAGCUCAAGAAAGAAUCUUUGCAUUCAUCCUGAGGUGAGUGCAGAAAGAGAAGGGAAGAAAGUAGAUGGGAAAUGUAUGAAUUUGACUGCGUCAUAUAUACGUCUAAGACACAAAGAAGACAACACUGUUCCUGUUUGUGCACUUUAUGAGGCUUUUGACGAACAUGGUAAAGAGGAAAAAAUUUCCCCUGGGGUAUAUAAUUUGGGUGACUUGAAAGAAUUUGGAAGGAAGAAAGGAUGGUGUCCAUAUUAUUUGGCAAGAUAUACAAUAUAUCAUGCAAACAUAGUGGUCUACAGCUAUCACUACUUGCUGGAUCCUAAAAUUGCUGAACUUGUUUCAAAAGAACUGGAAAAAACAUCAGUUGUAGUCUUUGAUGAGGCUCAUAAUAUUGAUAAUGUAUGCAUUGAAUCCUUGAGUGUAACAAUUUCAAGAAGAACACUUGAUAGAAGUCAUGCUAAUGUGGAAAACUUAACUAGGACUGUUAAAAAUCUGAAACAGAAAGAUGCCACAAAACUGAGGGAGGAGUACAGCCGUCUUGUUCAAGGUUUACGGGAUGCAAGUGUUGCAAGAGAAACUGAUGUGGUAUUGGCUAAUCCAGUUUUACCAGAUGAAGUCCUGGAAGAGGCAGUACCUGGAAAUAUUAGACAAGCUGAACAUUUUGUAAAUUUUAUGAGAAGGUUUAUUGAGUAUUUAAAGACCAGGCUAAGAACACAGCAUGUUGUACAAGAAAGUCCUCCAUCUUUCCUGCAGCAUAUUUUCCAACAAGUCUGUAUUGAAAGAAAACCUCUCAGAUUUUGUGCAGAGCGGUUGAGUUCUCUGCUAUACACGCUAGAACUCCCUGAUGUUCAAGACUAUGGUCCUUUAACAUUGAUUGCCAACUUUGCUACUCUAGUCAGUACCUACAGCAAAGGGUUAACACUGAUCAUUGAGCCAUUUGAUGAUCGCACACCAACCAUACCCAAUCCAAUCCUGCAUUUCAGCUGUAUGGAUGCUUCCAUUGCUAUAAAACCUGUUUUUGACAGAUUUCAGUCCGUGGUUAUCACAUCAGGGACUUUGUCACCCAUAGACAUGUAUCCCAAGAUUCUUGACUUCAGGCCGGUGACCAUGGCAACUUUCACCAUGACACUUGCCAGAAUUUGUUUGUGUCCCAUGAUUGUUGGCAGGGGAAACGAUCAAGUAGCCAUUACGACUAAAUUUGAAACAAGAGAUGAUAUGUCUGUCAUUCGUAACUAUGGCAACCUCUUAGCUGAGAUGUCAGCCGUGGUGCCCGAUGGGAUUGUUUGCUUUUUCGUCAGCUAUCAGUACAUGGAAGCAGUGGUGUCCAUUUGGAAUGAUCAAGGUAUAAUCAGCAACAUUCAGAGAAAUAAACUGCUCUUCAUUGAAACUCAAGACGCAGCAGAAACUAGUUUAGCCCUUCAUAAUUACCAGCGGGCUUGUGAAAAUGGAAGAGGUGCCAUUUUACUUUCAGUUGCCAGAGGAAAAGUUUCAGAAGGAAUUGAUUUUGACCAUCACUAUGGUAGGGCCGUUAUUAUGUUUGGAAUUCCAUAUGUCUAUACUCAAAGUAGGAUCCUAAAGGCCCGCCUUGAGUACCUCAGAGACCAGUUUAACAUCGGAGAAAAUGAUUUCCUUACUUUCGAUGCAAUGAGACAUGCUGCUCAGUGUGUUGGCCGUGCUAUCAGAGGAAAAACAGACUACGGAAUCAUGGUGUUUGCUGAUAAGAGAUUCUUCAAAGUUGACAAAAGGGGCAAACUUCCCAAGUGGAUUCAGGAGUACUUGAAAGAAGGAGUGUGCAACCUGUCUAUUGAUGAAGCAGUUCAGAUCAGUAAGAGAUUCUUGAGGCAGAUGGCGCAACCGUUUGACCAGGAGGAUCAGCUUGGCCUCUCACUUCUUACUGUUGAGCAGGUGCAAUCUGAGGAGUUUCAAAAAAGAAUCCUACAGUCAGCCGUGGCAUGAAUGUGUAAGGAAGUGGACCUACAUUAAGCUCGAGGCUGGCGUCCAAACGUAGACCAUCACAUUAAGUGUACUUCCGAGGAGAGAUGACGGUGGAGACUUUUUCACGAAGCGCCAGAAAAAGAUUACAGAAUACGAGAGGGAAAUGCAAGAUCUAAGAGUUUACUAUUUGAACUUUCAAUUCGACAGACCAUUAAAACUUUGCAGAAAGUUAACACCAUUCUAAGUGGGUAAACGACCUCUGUAAUUCGUCAGAUUAAACGGGAAAUUUGGAGUUGA